GUUUUUAAACGCGUCGCGGCGUGGUUGCGUUUGCAGAACGAACAUGCGAACGGGCGAACCCAAAGGAAGAGAUUCCAACUGCAAAAGACUCAUCCUGAUGGACAAACGAUCGGUGCUCACGAUGUGCGAGUGAAAGUGAAGUUCCGAUCAUUGAAUGUGAAGAUGCCUGAAUGAGCUUAUUGGUGAAACAAUAAAUAUAUAAAUAAUAGAUAUAUUAAGCAUAGGAUAAUAUUCAUAUAAGCCGGAUAAAUAUCAUCUAAGUAUAUUUCAAUUAAUUUCGCAGUUUACGCCUAGAGGUUUCCCAUUGGUUUUGGCUUCGAAUUGAAGUGAAAGGACAAAGCAAGUGGCCAAAAGCAAGGAGUAGGGGAAAUUGGAAAUGGGCAUCAAAGCCACGACAACGGCACCCGUUACUUCCGCUGGCCAUGGGCUGGCACAGGGGAGUCGAUGCGGAUGAUACGUCAUGUUUUCGCUUUGGCCUUUGAUGAUUGAAAAUUCCAACUGGCGAGACCAGAAGCUUACACAACCAGAGGCAGCGUAAUCGACAACCACACAGCGGAUCGCUGCCCAGCCAAAAGCACAACCGAUCAGCCAAUCAAAGCGAGCCACAAAGGAACCGGCAAAACUAUAUACGGGUUCUCCUCUCUAUUGACACUGAACCCGAGGCCCAGAGCAGAACGAAUACAGUCAGCGCGCAAACAGCACCACGUACCUCGGUUCAGAGGCCACGGAAUGAGCAGCAGCAGCAGUUGCAGGCGGAAAGCAGCAGAAAGGCAAAGGAUGAGGAUGCCGCAAACGUUUCAGCUGCUGCUGUGGAUGGGGAUGCUGAUGCCAUUGAUGCUGUUGCAGUUGGGGCAAGGCCAUGCGGCGACGGAUCUAGAAGCCGCGACAGUCGCUGGGGCGCAGAGAACAGUAACAGCCGUUGGAUCCCCUCGGAAUCGCCUCAAAGCGGAAGCGGAAACCCUGAUGGCCGCAGGCGACAGCUUCAACAUUCGCCACGGGCGCUCCCGCACCUCCCAUAUGCUGCACAACACAAACAUCAACAGCGAUGGGAACAGCAACAACAGUGGAACCAGUGGGAGUGGCAGCGCCAGCAUCAUCAUGCGCCCCACUCUAGUCACGCCCACUCAGCAGCCUGGGGCAGGUGGCACAACAAGCGCCCCAGUCACGCAUAAAAUACGCAAAUUGCACAAGAAGAAAAUCAACGAGAGCAUUCGAAAGAGCGUGGACAAGAGCCUGGGUGUGCUCCAUCCGGCCAAGAACCAUCGCAGCCUUGCAGAGGCUGAACAUCUACAGGGACGUCCGACCUACGACGACGACACGGCCGCUCUAAGUGAGGUCAUGGAAUUGGCAGACGAGAUUGAUCUGGAGAAUUCAUUACAGUCGGCUUACCAGAGUGUUGUCGUUGGCCUGACUGCCACUACCACUCCCUCUCCCACGCCCCAGCCACCGCCGGCACCAACGCCCCCAGCAGCAGUUGGAGGCUCCUCUGUCGCCAAGACAACUCCGACACGUGGCACAGUCACAGGUGCAGCCGAUGGAGCUCUGCAACUGCGGCAAUUUGUGCGUGCCAACAUUGAUGAUGCCAAUUACGCGGAGGAUGAGGCGGCGAUGGAAGACUUCCAAGAGGUGGAGGUGGAUCUGGAUGAGGAUGAGGAGGAGCCGUUAUCGACUACUUCCAUGCCGAAAAUGGGGAAAUUUGCGCCUCAUCAUGUGACCGCGAGUGCGACAAGGACACGUUUGCUGCCAGUGAACAGCAGCAGCUGGCAGGAGCCGCUGGAUGGAGGAGGAGGCGUGGGCGACAUUGAAGUUCGCUCAGGAGACUCUAGAGAAUCCGAUUACCGUCUCGAUGACUCGCAUUCACGCAGUGAAAACGAUGCCUUCAACAAUGACGAUAAUAUCGUUGAUGACGAUGACGAUGCCAACGACGACGUUGACGUUGACGAAGAGAACGCGGAGAAAAAGCAGUCAUAUGCCAGGUUGCCCUUUGAAGAGCUGCAGCUCCUCAAUGACAGCGGCAGCAGCACCACAGAGUGGAUGGACGACGGUAAUCGCAAUGCAAAUGAAAACGACAACAGUCCUGGGGCCGAAGCCCGAUCUCAGGCCAACAUGGAGGUGAAACAGAUCCAUUUCGGUGGUGAAGGGGAGUCCGAUUCCGUGCUGGAUACCUCAGAGGUAACGAUGGACGAUGGCUAUCCGCCAGAAGUGCAAAUCGAUGACAACACCAAGCAGCUGGUCAUCGAGGAUGUGGAGGGCAACGAAGACGAUACAGACGGGGAGAACAUGGAGUCAAAUCAGCUAACGGCGGACGUGAUCAAUGCCAGGGAUAGCAAAAUAGAUUUGGUCUCCAAAUUCCUGCAGUACAUCGAGCAGCAGCAUUUGAUGGGCUCCAAUUGUGUGGCCGGCACUUCCCUGAAUCUCGGCGAGGGUGUGGUCGACCGGUAUGCCCAGGACCGAUUCCGUGUGGAGGCCGAGGUGGCCGUCAAUCGCGCCAACAUGUUGACCAGAAUAUUCAAGACAACGGGGCGACGGGUACAGGAAGAUGUCAACUUGCUGCACGCCUCUGUUCUAUCGAUGGUGGAGUUCGACGAAGAUAUAUUCGCGGCCGGAAAUUGCUUCGAUUGGAACGAGCAUCCCGCACAGCCGGGCCUCUUCUGUCCGUUCGCCUACCGCCUGCCACCACCGAAUCUGGGGGCAAUCUUUGCCAAGGAUCUGGCCAUGGAGUAUCACUAUCUGGGCAAUACCUCCGAGUGGUUCUUUCUGGCCCGCAAGAACGCCGAGAAGGUGAUAGCCCGCAACGAGCAAUAUCUGAAAUCCUUUCAUCUCUAUUCGAACCGCACCGAGGAGCGCGUUGAGGUCGAUACCCUGGCUGUGAAAUAUGAGGAUGGAAGGUGGUCAAAGCCGUAUUACGAUUGUGGUGGUGGAAACAUUUGGAUGCUAACCUAUACGGUCCCAUUUUUCGGCUAUGAGAAUGGCAGCUAUCACUUCAAGGGAACAUCUGGCAUCGAUAUUGACUUGCGGCGCGUGGACAUCGACCAAUGCCCGCAACGCCACACGCCCGGCACCAAGCGGCCCCUAAACAUCUUUGCCGGCACCGACAAGUGCAAGCAGCGGACCACAAUGUGUGAAGCUAUCAUGGGACUGGGCUUUCGUCGCGGCUCCUACAAAUGCCUCUGCCGCAAGGGAUUCUACUUCCCCGACGUGGUUUCGCUCCACAAGUUCUUCAAUGGCAGCCUGCUGGAGGAGGAAUACGAGAAGCUGAUGCUGGGCAAGAACUCCACGUACAACAGUAACAGCGAGUACGAGUGUCUGCCCUGCGCCGAGGGCUGUGAUUCCUGCGAGGAUUCGUCGCCCUGCAUUGCCGCCCUCAACUGGCCGAUGCGCACCAGCAUCUUGGCACUGGCCUGCAUUGUCAUUGGCCUCCUGCCGCCUGCGGCCUGGUUUACGUUUCGGUAUCAGCAAGUCAAGGUUGUACGAGCCGCCAGUCCCGCUCUGCUGCGGGUAAUUGCAUUGGGAGCCUUCUUCAUUUAUUGCACGAACAUUGUGAUGUAUCCGAAUCCGAAUCUUUAUACAUGCACCGCUCGCAUUUGGCUAAGAGAGAUUGGUUUCUCCCUCACCUAUGGCGCUCUGAUGCUGAAGACCUGGAGGAUAUCGGUGAUUUUUCGUGUACGCUCUGCCAAGGCGGUCAAAAUCACAGAUGCCGCUUUGCUGAAGCGCCUGGGAAUCAUUUGCGGGGCCAUCGGCACCUGCCUGCUGGUGAGGACACUCGUAUCGCCGCCAGAUGUGGUUGUGGGACGCACAGCUGAUGACCUGAAGGCGUUCCUAUGCAAGACCGACUGGUGGGACUACACAUUCACAUCGAUGGAGGUGCUGUUCCUGGCCUGGGGCGUGCGACUGUGCAUCAUGGUGCGGAAGGCUCCGUCCGAGUUCAACGAGAGCCGCUUCAUAUCGAUGGCCAUCUACAAUGAGUUCCUGCUAACCUGCUUCCUCAACGUGUCCAUGUUGUUCCUGCAGUCGCCGGCCAAUCCGGAUCUCCUGUACAUCAUUUUCUUUUGCCACACCCAACUGACGGUGACGCUGCUGCUGGCCCUCAUCUUUGGCAGCAAGGUGUACAUUGUGCUGCGUAGCGGCAAGUCGCAUCAAGAGAACAUCGGCCUGGGCACCAAGGCAUCCGGAGCCAAAUUCAAUUUUCGUCCUCAAGUCCGGACCUUUGCCAACCCGAGCUCGGUGACCACCUCAACGGUCCCAGUGGGCGGCACCACGUCAGCAGAAAACAAAUUGUCCGACCAGGAGGCACUGGAGGAGAUCCGCCAGCUGAGCAUGCAACUGCAGCGGAUACAGGAGAUGGCCCCGCCCAAGGGGGUGGCCGUUAUGACGAUAUCGAGUCUGCUCGAUGGACUGAAGACCUCCGGUGGCAUGAUGGCCGUGGCAGCCGGUCAUGCCGCAGCGCGUCAAAGUGCCCUGCCUCUGUUGGCACUGAAUGCGGAGAUGCAGAAAUACAAUCAGCAGAACAUCAAUGCGAAUGGCCGGGGUAGUGCCAGUGCCCGAACCAGCAUACCCACAAUGGUCCUAGAGACGCCACCCUCGUCCACGCCACCCUCGACGGCGUACGAGGAGCGGGCCAUCAACACCGAGCUCAGUGGCGACGACUUCCGGGAGCAGCUGCUCCGUCGCACCGCCGACGGUCACAUCAUCUGCAGCCGCUGCCUGGACGCGUCCAAGGAGCACUACUACUGCUGUCCGCCGCGCAGUGCCUGCGACCACAUGGGCUCGCCGCAGCAGGAGGGCAGCAUUAGCUUUGCCAACAUUAAGCUGGACUGCAUGUGUUCGCAGUCGGAGGACCUCGACCAGGAUCACAUCAUCCGACAGCGGCGUCCGGCCGUGCGCUCGGCAGCCACCAACACGCCACCCCCCAGCUGUAAGCGAGGUCCCCGCAACCUGCUCGAGGCCGACGUCUGCAUUACGUAUCAAAUUUGUGAUAACUGUAGAAGUAAAUAUAAGCUUAGUGGCCGCCGGCGCAGCGGCAGCUGCACCCAGGCCCAGACCCACAGCGUCCAGCCGAGCGCCGCCACGGUCCAGAGCCAGGUCCAGUCGCGCAGCAGCGAGCUGCUUCUCGAUCGCAGUGUGGCCAUGGCCCCGGCCAAGGCAGCGCAUUCCACAGACGACAUUGUCCUCUACACCAGCUCAACGAAAGAGGAGGAGGAGGAUGAGCAGGUGUUGCCCCAGUUGGCGCCUGAUCCUGCCCCGGCGCCCUCGCUGGGCAAUGUGUCCAAUACUUCGAACAACUCCACCAGCCAGACGGACAGGACAAGUGGCAGUGGUGGAACAACGCGUCCCAAGCGGCCGGAUAAGUUGGUUUUGGAUCUGAACGAUCGUUCUAAAUACACCAAAGAGGUUUCUGUAUAAAGAUUUACGAAAAUUAAUGGAGAGAGUUCGAAGCGGUUCAUCAGUAUUUUCCCAAUGGUUCUGCAGGAGUUUCAAACUCUUAAAGACCAUAAAACCCAUUUUGGAAAGAGUUUCAAGAGAUUUGUGGUUGGACCGCUUUGGUAUUCCUGUUGGCAUUUGAAAAUAGUUUCUGUUUACGCAAAUUAAAUAACAAAAGACUUUAAUAAAUCAUAUUACCAUAGCCACUUAGAUAUCGUUACGAUUGAGCUACAUAGAGAUAAGCCAUGGCCAGGGCCUUAAACACCUGACUUUAGUGAAAGUGAAGGGACAGUGCAGGUGGGUGUGAUAGUGUCGGGGGCUUGCAUUGCUGGGCAAAGUGAUUUGCAGCUUUAAUGAGCCCCUAAAUGCUGUGAAUAUAUUUUGCCCAAGGCAAGCCCAUGAAAGGCAAACAAACCGAUAAGCCACAUCAGCAGAACACCCACAUAGACACAAUUUUGCUGAAAGUCAUGUAUUUUAGCUGGUCAUUUAAUUGAAUUUACAUCAUACGCAUGUGGAUAAUUGCAACUAAAUUGCUUAAUAAUUAAAAACGGCAUCGAAUCAGUUCCAAUAGUUGUUCGAAUUGAGACGACAGUGGAAUGCAUUUCCUGUUUAAUAAAUUAACUUAUAUUUAAGUGCCGAUCUAUAUAAAAUACUCUAAACAACGCCCCAACGCAGUUGAUAAUAUUCUCUCUCUGUAAAAUAGCUGAUAAAAGUCGAUGAAAACUGUUUAAAACACAUAUCUCUGCCAAAAUCGAAAAUGUAUGAAAAAAGAAAUAAAUAUGGAAAAUGAAAUGAAAUUUAGAUGUAAUUGAAGUUAAAAUUGAUUAUUAAUUAGUUCGUGUACAAUUAGCUGCAUAUUAUAAAUAUUCCCAAAUAUAUUGAAUGUCAGCAAUUGUUCAGACCUCAACACACAAACACACACAUAUAUAUAUAUAUAUAUAUAUAAAACUAAUGAAAACAAUUGUAAAAUAUGUAAAAUUUGCAAACUUGUUCUUGUUUAAACAGAACAUAACUAUUGUGUUGUACUGUACUGUACUGUACUGUACUGUAUCGUAGUUAAACAUUGCUGUUAUCAAGUGGAAAAUACAUUAAAUGUAUGGCUUAAAUGUUGUUUAAAGCAAUUCAAUAAAUGGCGAAUCAUAUGGA